AUGGCCACACAUAAAUAUGAAAAUCUUUCACAAAAAUUCUUGGUCAAAUCUUUCGAUUACCAAAGACAAUUCUUUCAUUUGUACUCGCAUCGAUUGACUGAAAUGACAGCAUUGCUGACCAAACGGGCCGAAGAACAUUGGGGUAAGACGGUGCCCAUUAAGAAGCUAUGCGAUUUACGUGAAGAGAAUGAGGAGGAAUGCAUUCUAAUUGGUACAAUUUACAAACAUCAGGAACACAAACCGAGCAUCCUCAAGGAGAUAUCCGAGGAGAAUCAAUUGGCACCGCAGCCGGCCAGACAACAUUAUUCCGAUCCUGAGGAUAAGGUGAUAUUGGAAGAUGAACUGCAACGGGUGCGCCUCCAUGGCAAGGUUCGUAGCGAAGAAAUGGCCACGGGCAUUGUGUGUGCUGUAAUGGGUUUAAUUGAAGAAGAUGGACGCUUUGAUGUUCAGGAAAUUCUCUUCUAUGAAGGUGGUAUACAGAGACCCCUGCCAAAGAAGGGAGAAGAUCGAUUGCUAAUUUUAUUAUCCGGUUUGGAUCAAGUUAAUUCACACAAUUUCGUUGAUUCCCUCAAUCUAUUUCAAUAUUGGUUGAGGGGUAGUAUCCUCAAGGCAGGAGAAUCGAAAAAGAUGCGUGUUAUAAUUGCUGGCAAUUCGGUGAAAAGUUCUGAAGAGAAACGCCUGCCCUCAUUACAAGCUCGCCCUAAUGAAUCCAAAGACGUUGUCGAUGCCAUGCAGGCGUUGGAUGAAUGGUUUGCUGCCUGGUCUAGCUCCGUAAAUAUUGAUGUUAUGCCCGGUCAAUAUGACCCGGCAAAUUUUAUGAUGCCUCAACAACCAUUUCACAGCUGCAUGUUUCCCCGAGCCGCCAAACAUGAGAAUUUCCAAAGUGUUCCAAACCCCUACGUCUGCUCCGUGGAUGAUGCCUUGGUUAUGGGUACGGCUGGACAAAACGUAAAUGAUAUGUUAAGGAAUACUGGUCUGGAAAAACCAUUGGAUGCGCUGCGUUGUACACUGAAAUGGGGCCACUUGGCACCCACUGCACCCGACACAUUGGCAUGUUAUCCCUAUUUGGAUUGUGAUCCCUUCGUAAUUAAAGAAUGUCCCCAUGUCUAUUUUGUUGGCAAUUGUGAUGAGUUCUCCACACAACUCUACGAGGGUACACAGGGUCAGAAAACACGUUUGGUUUGUGUACCGAGAUUUGCCAAGACCCAAAGUAUAGCUGUGGUAAAUUUGGAAAACCUAGAGUGUCAUGAAGUUUCUUUUGAUUGUAAUGAGUGA